AGUGUUAUCUGAGUGGCAGGUAGUUAAACGCGGUCUUCCCAGGGUGGAUUUCAGUCGAUGAGGUAUUCAAACAGUGAGGACAAAGGAACAGUGAAGAAUUACAUUUCUAAAAAAAGACCUAACUGUAAAUAGCAGUAAAAAGUAGAAUUUCCCUGCUUUGCAAGAUCCAGGUGCACUGUAUGCUCAUGAAUGCACGUCCCUCUUCAGAGCUCUCUGGCAUAUUGGCUUUGAUCACUUACCCAGUUGAAAAAGCACAAAUAAAACGGCAAAAUACAAAUAUAACUUCCAAAUAGAGGAGACAUGAAGGAAGACAUGAAAGUAAACAAGUGAGUCUACAGCUGCAACAACACUUGCAGGCAAAUGUUGUAAGGUGGAAUAGCAUAUAACGGCUAAAAGAGCUUCUUGGAAGAAAGAAUGUGAUACUGAUUUACUUCAAAGGUUACUUUGAACCACCCCAGCACCAAGAAAAGGACAGGGCUUUACACCAUGAGUCCUGCUAUAGAAGCGCUUCAUAUAUCUCAAUGUCACAAGUAUAAGUUUCUGGACUUUGCAAAUGUAAUUGGCAGUCUUUUCUGAGCCCUAGCCAUAAAGUCUAAUUUCAGCAUCUGUGCACUGGAGCAGUGGUAAACAAUGUUCCUUCUGCUUUUUUACUCCCACUGCUAAAGAAGACUCACUGCGUUGAAGACUAGAGUUAGAGAGGAGGAAAAAUAUAAGCCUGGAAAAAUAAGUGCAUUCUAAAGGUGUGCUCUUUCAUUGGAGUUUUAAACUACAGGAGGCUUGGGAAAUAUUUGGCAUUUAUUUGGAAAGCCACUCUGCAACAUGACAUUUGAAGAUUUUGAGAACUACUCUUAUUUCUACGAUCUGUCUGAGGAAGAUGAGUCACCCCAGUCCUCCCUCAGCAUUGCCCAUAUUAUUUCCCUUUUCUUUUACAGUGUGGCAUUUCUGCUGGGAGUGCCAGGUAAUGCCAUUGUCAUCUGGUUUAUGGGCUUUAAGUGGGAUAAAUCUGUUUCCACACUCUGGUUCCUGAAUCUGGCCAUUGCAGAUUUCAUUUUUGUUCUCUUCCUGCCCCUCUAUAUUACAUAUGUGGCAAUGGGCUUCCACUGGCCUUUUGGGAAGUGGCUCUGCAAAAUGAACUCAUUCAUUGCACUACUUAAUAUGUUUGCCAGUGUUUUCUUCCUGACAUUCAUCAGCCUUGACCGCUACAUCCGCCUGGUCCACCCCGUCUUUUCCUACAAAUACAGGACUGUAAAGAACACCCUCCUUCUGAGUGGGGUCAUUUGGAUGUCAGCUGCAAUUAUUGGUGGCCCUGCCUUAUACUUUAGAGACACAGCUACAGUUCUCAACAAUGUCACCAUUUGCUACAACAACUUCCAUGUGCAUGACAAGGAACUUAUUUUGCUGACACAUCACAUUCUCAUUUGGGUGAGGCUUGCAUUUGGUUACCUCUUUCCUCUAGUGACCAUGGUUAUUUGCUACUCACUGCUGAUUGUCAAAGUGAAGAAGAGAACUGUAUUGACUUCUAGCAGGCUUUUCUGGACCAUCACUGCUGUAGUUGUAGCUUUUUUUGUCUGCUGGACACCGUAUCAUAUAUUCAGCAUUGUGGAACUGUCUGCUCACCAUGAUGAGAACCUGCAUGACUUACUGCAGGAUGGCAUUCCCCUCUCCACUGGCCUUGGUUUCAUCAACAGUUGCCUCAACCCAAUCCUCUACGUUCUGAUUAGCAAGAAGUUCCAAGCCCAGGUGAGGAGCACGGUGUCGGAGGUGCUGAAGCUGGCCCUGCGGGAGGUGAGCCGCUCGGGCACGGUCAGCGAGCAGCUCUGGAGCUCGGACAACGCGCCCGCGCGCUGCUGCGAAACUGCCCACUGACUGCUCCUGCCAGCAGCUCUCCACAGGAGCUGACAGGAGAUUUGCAGCUGUUCUUCACUUCACAUGUGCUAGUCACAUGUGUAUCUUUGCAUUGACAGUUUUCUGUAAACAGCUGGCUAAAUUGCACUCGCUGCUUUAAUGGAAAGGUUUUUAAGGGACACGUGGUUUGAAUGUGUGCCCUUGCAAUGCACAUACAGCCUGAACUGAAAGUUAUCAGCAUAGGUGGAAUUACUCUAACUGGGCUUUUGCUGGGGACUGUUGUUGUGGUCCUGUUGGUUUGCUGUGGUUCCAUACCUCAUUGAUAUCGAAAGAACACAAAAUAAAAGUAUGUACCUUGCCAUUGCUGGUACAACUCCUAAUGGAGGCAUUCUCAUCCAAGAGGCUGUGGCUGUACAUCUCUGGGUCGUGAGUCUCCUGAUUGCCUGCUACUGUCCCAAGGAGGAAUCCCCUGGCUACAUCUCACCUAAAUGAAGCUAUCAGUGGCUCCACUCUGCACCUGGAGAAGAAUCCCAAGAUGGAGAACACCGAAUUGCUGCCGUCUAUUGUCAAAAAAGAAAACUAUGGAAAAAAAAACCCCUGUCUUCUCCAGUGUUCUUUAUCUUAUACUCAAAACUAAGACAGGAGACCCUGUGUUUUGGGUCACUUUACUGUAUUUUUAGCACCAGUUUGGUGCAAAAUACUGAGCUGAUGUUUCAUAGAGGUAUUUGGCUUAUUUGAAAUGUGCAAAGAAUUAGUGAAAAUAUUUCUUACAGUUUCUGUGCCACACUUCUUUUUCUAUGUUUAAAAUUUUAGUCCUACAGAGGUUUAGUCCUACAAACAACCAUUGAUUGUUCUUUAUUACUCUUUCAAGCAAAGGUAAAGAAACAAUAUAACAUUUUGUUUGCCUUAAUGUUAAGCUUAUAAAAUGGGUGGAGUGAACUCAUCAGUAUUCUGUUACAAGUCUGUAGCCAAAUUCGGACUUAUUUUCCAAAUAAGAGGCAAGACAGUUCAUCCAGGAAAUGGAGUCCACUCCCAUAAGAAAGAUGAAGCAGUCCCAGUUAUGCUGUAUUCUGUUCCAACAUGUUGCUUGCUGCAGAAUCACACGUGCACCAAUGCAAAUAUAUAUAUAUAUAUAUAUAUGUUAUGUGGUGCGAACCAAUUUCUGAUGCAAUACCACUUAAUUAAACAGUUGAAUGUGGGACAAAACUCUACUGAAAGCAAAAGCACCGAGCUUUGGAUAAAUUUGAACUGUUUUUUGCUAGUUAUUGGCCUAGGCGUAGAGAAUAAAACUGCCUUUCAGAUAAUUUACCUAGUUUAUAUGGCCUGCCAACACAGUAGCAUUUAUGCUAUAAUUGAGGCCUUAUAUGUAAAUAGAUUUGCUUUUGUAUAAAAAAUACAUAUAUGCAUGAUCACAUCCAGUAUUGGUAACUGCACAAUAGAAACAGCCUGACUGUGGUGUGUAACUAUUUCUUUGGGCUCUGGUUCCAGAGUCUGAGAGUCAGGCAGGAUCAGUGGAAUUUCAGUGUAUUCCCCUUUGGGUUGAAAAGCUGGUAAGCAGCAUUCUUCCUUUGAGUCAUUUGCUGCCUGGUACAUAGUUGCUCAUCAUAAUAUUUUGGCACCAUGCUGCUAUAUGUGCCUAAAUCAAACAUUUUGCAGUUUUUCUUCACAUGUUCCCUGACAUCUUUCUAAGAAUGAUGUACUCUCCUGGCUGUGGUCCAAGUGAAGUAAUAAAAUUUUCUUCUUUCCAAAGAUUAUGUUCAUUUACUUUUCUUAGCAGCAAUGUGUGGUGACUGGUUUUUCUUAUAACAGCUCCUUCCCAUGAUUUU